GACACCAGCCACCAGCCACCGCACACCUCCUCGUCCGUCGCCUCCAUCGAAAUGGCAAUGCUUAAUGAGGCCAGCUUGAGUCCUGCGGACGCACAUGCUCAUGCCACCGGUGCCACCGCGCCCACGCACAGCAAGGCGACGGCGGCGGUGGCGAUGGCCAGUGCCAACACAAUGCUGACCACAAAAACGCCGUUCUCCAUCGAGCACAUAUUGUUUCAAAAUUUAAAUAGUGCCAGCAACAAUAAUAAUAACAAUAGUAACAUCACCGCCAAUAGUCAUAGUUAUGUGCAAAAGAGUGGCAAAAGUGCGCUGAAAAGUUCGAGGAGCAGCUUCGCCCACGACAAUAAUCCACAGAAACAUCCGUCGCAACAUUCGCAUCCGCCGCCAUCGCAUCCGUCGGCAUCUGUAUCCGCAUCCGCGACUGCAACGAACCGUGGCAAUCAGGCUGCGUCGGGAUACGGCAGCGAGGACUACGCCAAGUCCCUGCACAACGCCCAACGGUCAAACCAUCAUUCACGUCCUGGAGCUUCCCACUACAGCGGAGAUCAGGCUUCUCAGCAAUUGGGAUCUGCGGCAGGACAGCAUCCGCCGGUUCCAACGCCUCAGCCACCACCUCCGCCGCCCUUGAAUGGAGGAACUGGGGGAUCCAAUGGAGUAUUGUACCCCAAUGCCCCGUACACCGAUCACGGAUUCCUUCAAAUGACCCUCGGCUAUCUGUCUCCGUCGUCUGGUACUUACAAGUCCGUGGAUCCCUACUUUCUGUCACAAGCCAGCCUUUUCGGGGGAGCGCCCUUCUUCGGAGCACCAGGCUGUGUGCCGGAACUGGCCCUCGGACUGGGAAUGGGCGUGAAUGCCCUGCGCCACUGCCGCCGGAGGAAGGCCCGCACGGUGUUCAGCGAUCCGCAGCUGUCCGGCCUGGAAAAACGCUUCGAGGGCCAGCGAUACCUCUCGACGCCGGAGCGCGUGGAGCUGGCCACUGCCUUGGGACUCAGCGAGACCCAGGUGAAGACCUGGUUCCAGAACCGCCGCAUGAAGCACAAAAAGCAGCUGCGCCGGCGCGACAAUGCCAAUGAGCCCGUCGACUUCUCACGCAGCGAACUGGGAAAACAGCCGGGCGAGGCCACCUCUUCCUCCGGAGAUUCCAAGCACGGCAAAAUGAAUCCCGGAUCCGGCGGCACGCCCACUCAGCCCCCAAGUGAGCAGCAGCAACUGCAGAUGUGCCUCAUGCAGCAGGGAUACUCCACGGACGACUACUCCGACCUGGAGGCGGACAGUGGCGACGAGGACAACUCCAGCGACGUGGACAUCGUGGGCGAUGCGAAACUCUACCAGUUAACAUAGAUAGUUCGAUCGGGAAGAAGAGCUGAGUCUUAAAAUAGUAAUGUUUUCGGUAUUUUAGUUGGGGAAAUGCAACUUUUGGUAUUUUUUAAUUUAUUAGUCUUUAAAUCUUGUUAAAUAUUGAAAAACUGCCCAACACAAGUAAUUUUACAAUUUUAAUCACCAUUUAGAUUAACCACAAACUUUCAUAUAUCUUUUGCAACAGUUAAAAGAGCUUUACAUUGAAAACCUAAAUAUAUUUUACAUUCUGUGUGCCACAAAACCACAUGGUAUAUUGUUAUCAACCCUUACCACAUUUGAUAUAUAAAUAGUUAUGUUAUAUCAGCAAUACCAAGGUUUACUAAUCAUAUCUAAGAGUAUAUUUUUAGGAAACAAAAGACAGUUUUUUUGAGUUUUGUCAAAUUUACCCCUUAGUUACUCACCUUUUAAAGAUUAUUUUAUAGAACUUAGAUAAGGAAGAACAACAAUUUUCUAAUACUGAAGUUGCAUUUCUCCCAAAUAUUUGAAUUGAAAAGAAACCCCCUGUAAAUACUAACAAGUUCUUGAACGAGCUGCAUUCUAGUCAUGUAUUAAGUCUUAACUCUAAUCAAAUUUAGUGAUUGUAUUCGAGAACUUCCAUUUUAAGGUAUUUUAUUUCCCUGCGACGUCUUAUCCGGAACAUAGUGCUUACAAUAAACCAAACAGAGCAGAGUUAUGAGAAUA